AAAUGAGUAGCCUCAAAUGUCAAUACUGAAAUGGGAGCCCAGUAGAAAGACCCCUUGAAUGAGGAUCAGCAGUGUGCAAUCAUUGAGUGAAAGAAUGGAUCCUAAAUAGAACUUAUAUUUAUAAAGCAGCCGAUAAUGUUCAGAUUCCUUGUAUUGGCUUACAAUGAGAUCAUUACUUCAGCCAAGAAGAUUUACUAAGAAUUUUAGGAAAACAGAAGUUAGGUACAAUUAAUAAGGAAGCUAGUAUGGUGAAAUUACAGCCGCGAAAAGUAACUUUGAGAUGUUAUUUUGGCACUUGCUCAUAUAUCACCUCUAUGAAUACAGAUCUUGUAGGCGAGGACCACUACUGACCACACUGAACUGUGUUUUUGAAGGAAAAUUUAUGGACUAGAAGUGAUACUCAGCUCUUGAAAGAAGUUUCUAUUUUUAUGAUUAUUUGAGCGAUAUUUACCCUCUGUACAUCAAAAAUUUGCCCAAUAUGAGAAUCAACUGGGUUUAAAGAUAAAAUUAAUGGGUAUACUAGAUGAAACAACUGCCAUCAUGAUUAUUGAGAUUUAUGCUUGCAGUUAUUCGAAAGGUAUCAUCUUACUCUAUGACCACUGAAAAGAUAUCUGACGGGAAUAUUUAGUUCUUUCUUCUGAAUCAUAGCUAGCAUAAAAUUGCUGCCUUUCCUUGGAAAUUGGGCGUAUGUCAUUAUAGUCUUUCUAUGUAUACUUCAUUCUUUGCCAAUAUUGGUUCCGGUAGUAACUAAAACCCCUAAUUGUGGGUAAUAAAUUCACGUAUUUCC